GUUACUACUCCUGACUCCCACACCUGGCGUGAGGCCAGAGCCUUUUGCAGUGGAUGACUAGCUGUGAGUGUGUGUCAGGAGCCGGAGUGAAGUGUGUGUUGCGAUGGUGGUGAGUCACGACACUGGUGACGAGGCAGGGACACCACGAGCGUGAGCACAUACUCGUAACACACACACACACCUGCAUCUCUAUGGUAGAACGCUGACAAAAAUAGAUGUGCUGUCUUGAUCCCGCAGCGGUUCGAGUAAGGCGGGUGUGUCGGGCUGUUGGGGAACUGCUCAGGACAUUACCCCGUCUCACCAAACGCGCUCUGCCAGCGAGACACGUGCUAGUGGAGUGGAACCUGUCCAAAACGAGACAACUCUGGAGGAUCUAUUGACUGCCAUGGACCGAGGGAAAGUGUAUGUGGACGCUAAAGAUAUCCACUAGCUUGGACACAUUUUCUGUUGUUUUUUGGGAUGUUGAAAAGUAACGAUUAUGACCAUGAAAAGUAGCUUUACCAUUUCUCAAGUAUCAACAAGUCAUCUGUAGGACCUCUGUGUGGGACAGAGUGGAACAGACUGGCUUUUUAAUGGUUUAGCGGGACAGGGCACAGAGCAGUCUGGGCUACGCAGCGUCCUGACAUUGCUGAUUUCCGUUCCUGCCCUGUGGAAUACUAAGAAGGCAAAGAUUAGGAGUUAAUUUCUUCAGACUUCUGAUGUCUUCUUAUGUCAUUUGAACCCUGUAAAUCAUUUUUAUCCAACUGAAGUUUUGACAUUCAGAAUUCUUUGGUUAUUUUUCACUGGGAUUCAAGAAUUUCCUGCUUCAGCAUGAAGAGCCAGUCAGGGGGGCGCUGAAGCUCCAUCUGUGGCAUCCAGCAAGACUUCCAGGAACUGUCCCCUGACCCAGCAGACCUCUGAAAGGCACCUCGGCUGGUGGAUGCAGGAGCAGAGAUGGUGGUGACACAGUUGGAACUGGAGUUGUUCUACCAGGGGAAGAAGCUUCGAGGUUUCACCUGUAAGCUGACCCGGUCGGCAUGUGGCUUCCUGCCCGAGAACUCCUGCCUCAUUGCUGCUCAGGUCCUGGUCCCGUACCUGCUCUCUGGACUGGGCAUGGUGGCAACUGGAAUCCUCAUGGAUGCCAUUCAACACUGGGACGUAUUUAAAGUCAUCACCGAGGUGUUUAUCCUGGUGCCUGCUCUAGUCGGCCUAAAGGGAAAUCUGGAGAUGACCCUGGCCUCUCGCCUGUCCACUGCAGCGAACACCGGGCAGAUGGAUGAGCCCAGCCAGAAGUGGUUAAUGGUGUCCAGUAACCUGGCCCUCAUUCAGGUGCAGGCCACCGUGGUGGGCUUCCUGGCGGCUCUGUCAGCCGUGGCCCUGGGCGCCGUGUCCAGGGGCGGCGUGGAGCUGGACCAGGCUGCUGUCCUCUGUGCAAGCAGCGUUGCCACUGCGUUCAUCGCUGCGCUGUCGUUAGGUCUGGUGAUGAUCGGAGUGGUUAUUGGCUCCAGGAGGGUGGGCAUCAACCCGGACAACGUGGCCACCCCAGUCGCUGCCAGCCUGGGCGACCUCAUCACCCUCUCCCUGCUGGCUGGUAUCAGCAGUACGCUCUUUCAGUACAGAGAUAUCUGGUACCUGGCUCCUCUGGUGUGUGUGUUCUUCCUCCUACUGAUUCCACUGUGGGUGGUGAUUGCCCGACGCAGUGCUCAGAUCAGAGAAGUGCUGAUAUCUGGGUGGCAGCCUGUUAUAGUUGCCAUGUCCAUUAGCAGCUUUGGUGGACUGAUCCUUGAUAAAACUGUCAGUGAUCCCAACUAUGAAGGCAUGGCUGUCUUUACACCUGUGAUUAACGGUGUUGGAGGGAACCUGGUGGCUAUCCAGGCUAGCCGGCUCUCCACCUACCUGCACUACUGGGCUGUGCCAGGAAUCUUGCCCCACAGGAUGAGGCAGGACUGGCCAAACCCCUGCAACACCUUCUGGUCUUCAGGAGUGAACUCCAAGUCGGCGAGAGUGCUGUUUCUGCUGGUGGUGCCCGGUCAUCUGGUAUUCCUGUUUGCCAUCAGGGCUCUGCAGGGUGGAGAUGUAACCAUUACACUGACCUUCACCUGCUGUUACCUGUGUGCUGCUCUGCUCCAGGUGGGUCUUCUGCUCUACAUGGCAGACCUGAUCGUGCGUCUGACGUGGCGGAGAGGUCUGGACCCUGAUAACUUCUCCAUUCCCUACCUGACCGCUCUGGGAGAUCUACUGGGAACUGGAUUCCUCGCAUUGUGCUUUCGCCUGGUCACAAUUCUGGAGGGGCUCAGUCACUGAGCUGCUAACCUCCCCCCCCACACACACACACAGGCAUCUAAGAACCCAUUAUUACACAUGACAUGCUCCUUUUACACAAGUUGACAGUGAAUACUAACGUGCCACCACUCACCCCCAGGGACUGGGUUUUUUCUCAUAGUAGGCACCUCAGUGCACCCACAAGCACUUAACCCCAACUGACUCUUGAUCCUGUGGUAGCCUGGAGGUCAAAUAAACGGGUCCGGGUCAGGAAAGAUAGGCACCACUGAACCCGUGAUUACCAGGACAAGAGAUCGAACAAGAAUUGAGGUCCUGGAAGUUAUAGACAGUGGACUAAAAGGUCUCUAUUAAACUCACACUGUCAUAACUGACCUAUGGAUAUGUUCUCCUGUGGCUUCUUCUUCAGGGAAGUGAUGGAAAAACACCUUUACACACAUUUACGUGCACAAAUUACACACACCUUUACACACACCUUCAUCUAAAAGGCUACAUAAUCCAGGGCUUCUCGGUCAUCCAAGAUGAGCUGUAUCCAGUUGUCAUCCCAGAUGUUAAAUGGGCUUGAAUGUGCUUAAAGCUGGAAGAACUUCAGAGGAUGGAAAGGUUUUCCACAUGUUUGCGGCAAGCUGUGUUCAGUCAUCUCUUUCUCUUCGGAGUGUUUUGGGUCUGUGACUGAAUGGGUGCUUCCACACUCCAGCAUGACCAGAUUAAAAGACUCAGCUGUGACGAAUCUCUCGGCUGUUGGUUUGAAUUACAGUAAGGAGACGUGUUCAAGGAAGAGAUUUGGAGUUUCCUGCUAAAAAGGUCAACAAUAAUGAAGACAAACAUUCAGGUGAUUUGCUGAAUAUUUUUGUUAUUGACAUGCCUUUGAGUGAGUUUGUCUCACUGGUUUUGGAAAGUGUUGUCUUUAAUGCUGGAACCAUGAAGCCACCAUCCAGGUACAAAUCUUUUUAAUGUAAUAAGAAUGUGUUCUUAACUGGAACGUUCCAUUCUCAAACCUUAGAUAUGACACUUUUAUUUAAAACUCUAACUUGAGUGGGAAAACCCCAUCGUGUUUUAUACAGUUCACUUGCUGCAUUUUAACAAGGUUUCAGUCAUUUCAAUGUUUAAUUUAUUUCUGUACAUGAUACAUUAUUUCACAAACAGAGAUCACACUGAUCAUGUAGCCUGGCAUGUUUCCCCUGUCCCUUAAUAAAGACGAGCACAGACCACAAA